AUGCCUCCUCCGGCCGGCGGUGCCCGCGCGCUGCCCCGCAGCCUGUCCCGCCUGCGCCCGUGCCCCGGCCGCUCGCGCGUGGUGCUGGCGCUCGGGGCCACGCAGAUGGCGCUCGGCUGCCUCAUCGUGGCCGUGAGCUUCGCCGCGCUGGCGCUCACCACGUCGGCCCGCGUCCGCCACUCGUGCCCGUUCUGGGCCGGCUUCUCGGUGCUGCUGUCAGGACUCAUUGGUGUUGUCUCCUGGAAAAGGCCUCUCUCCCUCGUGGUCACCUUCUUCAUGCUGCUGUCCGCCGUGUGCGUGAUGCUCAACUUGGCCGGCUCCAUCCUCUCCUGCCAGAACGCCCAGCUCGUCCGCGCCCUGGGAGCCUGCCAGCUGAUCAAGUUUGACAGUGUGGAGGUGUGCAUCUGCUGUGAGACGCAGCACCAGGCGGCCGGCUGCAGCAACCUCGGGGAGACGCUGAAGCUGAACCCGCUGAGGGAGGACUGCAACGCCGUGCGGCUGACCCUCAAGGACCUGCUGUUCAGCGUGUGCGCCCUCAACGUCCUCUCCACCAUCGUGUGCGCCCUGGCCACUGCCAUGUGCUGCAUGCAGAUGGUGUCCACCGACAUCCUACACCUGUUCCUUCCGCACAGGACGCAUUCCACCAGCCCGGCCUGCGUGACCCCGCAUGGCACCAUCCUCCACCAGACGCUGGACUUCGAGGAGUUCGUCCCUCCCCUGCCGCCUCCCCCCUACUACCCUCCCGAGUACUCCUGCACGCCCACGGCCGAGGCCCACCGGGGCCUCCACCUGGACUUGGCUCCCGCCCCGUUCGGCACCUUGUACCACGCGGCCAUCAGCAGCCCCGGCCUGCUCUACCCCGCGGAGCUGCCCCCGCCCUAUGAGGCCGUGGUGGGCCCGGCCUCGCCCCGCCAGGUCCUGAGCACAGCCCAGCAGAGGGCCCAGACCAGCUCCCGGGACCCGGACGCCUCUGCCGGCUUCUGCGCCCAAGAGAGCACCAGCCGCCCCGGCUCCCAGGUCGGCACUGCGCCGGGCCCCAGCCACCCGUCCCCCGAUGGCCCCGAGGGGGCCUCGCCGCCAGCCCGGCACCCCGGCCUCGCCUCCCCCGGGGGCCCCCACCGGGGCUCACGGACACCUCCGGGCCCUGGCCGCCUGGCCCGCUCCACCAGCGACCCCACCGUGUGCUCGUCGGAGGCAGCAGUCUCCCGGUCUCGCUCUGCCGCGGCUGCCUGCGCCCACAGACACCAGCCAUCCCCGCCCGGGCACCCCGACACCUGGGAACAACCGCAGCGGCGCCCGGAGCCCGAGGCCUCGCCGUCGGCUGCCAAACAGCGGCCUCACUCCGUUGUGGACAGCCAGGCCCACGCGGGCACCGGGGGCCUGGUGGCUAAGUUUCUGGGGCGCUCCAGCUGCCCCCUCUCCCCUGCAGAGCGCCCCACGGAAGGGGCCUUCAGCGCGGCCGCCGUGCUGGACCAGGUGUGA